CGCUUUCUACGGAAAAUUAAAAUGGCCAGUGUUGUGGACGAGUGGUUUCAGGUUUCACGGUAGGAUUUUGACAUGGAAACGGGGAAAUAGACAUUGAGACCAAUGUACUUUCAAGAUUAUUGCAUUAUAAAUGGGACCAGACCGUCGACAUCUUACCACACCCCAUGAUAUUGACGAAAUCGUCGUCGAAACGGGCAGCCCCGGACCGAUCAUGUUGGUGCGCAUGCGUACUACGGAAAAGUUAGCAGACGGAAAAUCUUUUGCGGAAUUUUGCCAGUUCAAAGCACGAUUUCUUCGCGGAAAGAGAAACAUAAUCUCUGGCAGCGAUGCAGAUUGUUGUUAAAUGCAUUGUGAUUCGCUCCAGGGUGUCGUCGCACUUUGAUUCGGCCCUGUUUUGACGAAAUCUCCAACCGAACAGCGGCUACUCUGCGUAAACAUCAUCGCGUUCCGCUGAAUUGUUUUGGAAAAAGAAAAUUUCUCCCCAGGCUUAGGAGCCCAAAAAUAUACAUUGUACCAGUGCAGAGGUCCCAAGAGACAAUGGAGAAAAAACACACGAGACGUUCUGAUAAAUCCACGUGCGUGACUUCUAAAGGUGGUACAUUAUUGUCAUGUGAGACUGCCUCAACAAUGACAUCAGCGGUCAAAGAAGCUGAGGACAAUGCCUCCAAGAUGUUCAUCCGAUCGGCGGUGCCACUCCCACAAUGUGAAAUUUGCUUCUACUUCAUUGUUUGGGGCAUCAUGGCAGGCUUGAUGGUCAUUUAUUGUGUAGUUUUUAGUUGGGAGUAUCAAUGGGAAAUGUGGCCUAAAUCCAUUUUCCGCCGCAGUGACUUUGCCCAUGGCUGGGUGGAUGGACAACUCCAGGAUGUGUCAGAGUUUGAGUGGAAUUUCUGGUUUAGGCUUUGGUCACCAUGUCUGAUUCUCUGGGUUGUCGGCCAUUCUGUGAUCUCUGCAAUAGCAAGCAAGUUUCUUACAAAGUACAAAUUGCAUAUCUGGACUAUUUACGCCAUGAGUGCUGUGACGUAUGUACUUGGGUUCAAAUCAAUGCUUAUCCUCCUGCUCCACUGUAUCAUCGCCUACUUUUCCUCCAUAACAGGGUUACCAGCAGUAGUCUGGGCAACCAUCGUGCUACUUAUAUCAACGCUCAAUAUGAACACAACUACAGAACAUUUUAAAACAUUCUUCCCCGAUGAUGCCCGCUCAGGUAACGCAUCAUUUGUCCGCUUUCAUCUUCUGUUGUUCUCAACGGCCAUGUUCGAUAUGAGGCUAGCAAGUUUCUGUCUCGAGCGCUGCAACAAGAAAGAUGGAGAUUCUGGCUAUAGCUUUAUAGAUAUGUUAGCCUAUGUAUUUUACCUUCCACUGAUGUACACUGGACCAAUCCUCACGUAUGAAAAAUUCAGAAUGCAGGUGUCAUCCUUUCGACCAUGGACAAAAGAAGAUGUCAUCAACAUCACCAAGAAAUUCAUCCAACAGGUCGUCUACAUCGUCCUUAUCGAGUAUCACCUUCACUACUUCUACUAUAGUUCCAUGUCGCAUAACUUCGCCUUCCUACAGAAAAUAAGCAGCGGUGAAACAGUGGUGCUGCUUUAUUGUAAAGUCAUGUUCUUCUACCUGAAGUACCUACCAUUAUUUGGCGUGCCGUCAUUGUUUGCGAGUUUGGAUCAGAUCCAGACCCCAAAGGGACCAGCUUGUGUAUCCAGAAUCAGUAACUUCUCAGAAGUAUGGAAAACCUUUGAUCGUGGUUUCUAUAGUUUCAUCACGCAACACAUCUACAUUCCCUUGGGUGGAUCGAGGAUGGGAACUGGGAAACAGCUGCUUGCAGUGUCAGCAUGUUUUGGAUACAUCUAUAUAUGGCACGGGACGGAGUAUCAUCUUUUUAUUUGGGCGGUAGUGAAUUAUGCAGGAGUGCUACUGGAGAUCAUGGGGAGGAGUGUCUCUAAUUUUCAAAGCAUCAGAAAAAUUGAGGCCCGAUAUCUUUCCAAUCAGAUGUCGCGGCGGCUGAUGAGCCUUGCUUGUAUACCUUCAUUAUGUAUGUCUCUCCUGGGCGUCAUAUACUUCUUCGAUGGUGAGGUCAUUGGGAACGUAUUCUUCAGAAAAAUUGUCAAAGAAGGACCAUGGAUGAUGUAUCUGACAAUAUUAUUGACGCUCUACUGUGGAUGUAACGCGUCAUUCGAAGCAUGGAACUGGGAUAUGGAAAAGGCAAAAAAGAAACAAUCAUAAUUCAACUUUAAUGUGGACGUGGAUGUGCUCUUGUGAUCAAGCAUGUGAACUGACAUUGUUGGUAAAGUGAAGAUAUUGCAUGUUUGCAGAGUUUUAGAAUAGAAAUUGAUACCUCACUGUGGGUUUUGAGAAAUUGAUACCUCACUGUAUUGGUUGUCUCAAAUUCUGCUCGGAUGAAGUGGUCACUUCCUCCUAACCCUUGGCUAUUAAGCUCCUUUAGAUUAGCCUAUAUUUUAGCUCUACUCUCCCGGUGUUUGGUAAGACAACCAAUAGGUCAAGUUUCAUAUCAGUUCCUUAAAUCUUUGUCACUCUAUGAGAAAUCAAACAUUAUCAAAUUGGUGCCACGAGUGUAAACCACGCAAAUUCAGGAAAUAGACAAUUCCUUCUGACAGAGACCUUGUCAAUCUACAAUAUACAUUGAGGCCGAAUGACUUUAUUAUCUUCAUGCUACAUAAUGUAUAGACAAAGGCAUGAAUGCUUAAGACUGUCAAGUUUUGCUCCUGAUAUUCUAUAUACAUGUGCUAUGUAGUUACUUCAACUUUGCAUAUCAUCAAUCUGUGAGGAAUAAUCUCUUUUAAGCUCUGUUAUACAAUCAACUUGUACAAGUAUGUGCUCCUUUGUU